GGAAGUGCAUGAGUGUCCGGCGGAAGUGAUCUGCCCGAGCCGGCCCACGUGGUGAACAUGGCUGCCGAGGGCGAAAAACAACAAGGCCACAGAGCUGGCGUCUACAAGCAGAAAAACAAAGGCCACAAACAUGGCAGGCAUCGCACGAAAGGUGAAAUUGAGAGGGAACAUAAAGGCAGGGUAUCUGUGAUUGCCCUCACUAAAAAACAAAGAAAAGAGCAAAGGAAGAUGGACAGAAGGAACAAAGCCAAUCAACUCCGCAGGAACAAGAGAGACAUGGUUCUAACAGAGAAACGGCGUUUAGGCAGCAGGGACGGUCCUCCUCACCUGGUUGCUGUGCUGUCGCUUCAUGCCGGAGUCGACCCCAGCGUUGUCACCAAACUGCUCCGCCGUGAAGAGGCGGGGGGAGUCGUGCAUCAGGAGAAGUGCAUCAGUGGCGUCGCUGACAGUUUUGGGCUGGCCGUGCCUCGUUUUAAACAAAGGUUCACCUUUCUAAAAGCCAACACAGGUGACAUCCAUUCUCUGCUGGAUGUAGCUAAGAUGGCAGACAGCCUUGUGUUUGUGCUCAACUCCGCUGAUGGGUGGGACACCUACGGCGAGUACUGUCUCUCCUGUCUUUUUGCUCAGGGCCUCCCGAGCCAUGCGCUUGUUUGUCAGGGUGUGUCUGACCUCACCAUGAAGAAGAAAGUGGAGUCCCGGAGGGUGCUGUCCAAGAUCACCGAGCUGCGUUUUCCGGAGGCACGUCUAUUCCCUCUGGACACGGAUCAGGAUGCCACGCUGCUGCUCAGACAUUUGGGCACUCAGAGGCAAAGGAAGUUAGGCUUCCGCUCCAGACGUUCCCAUCUGGUGGCUCAGUCUGUCACUUUUACCCCCAACCACACCAACGUGGCCACGCCGAGUGGACCCGCUGGUCUCGGCACCCUAUGUGUCUCCGGAUAUGUCCGCGGGCGGCCUCUUCGGGCGGACAGACUGGUGCACAUCAGUGGACACGGAGACUUUCAGCUGAGUCAGAUCGAUGCUCUCAAAGACCCUCUGCCCAUGAACACAGCUGCACCCAGACCAGCCAAGUCCAGCAAAGGAGACGCUGACAUGCAGGACGGGGGUGACACGGAGGCGCCUGUGCGGGUUCUAAUGAAAGCAGACCCGACUUGCAGGGAGAGCCUGCAGACGGAGGCCGAGGUGGACCCCAUGGACGGAGAGCAGACGUGGCCCACAGAGUCAGAGCUGCUGGAGGCCGAAGAAGGGAGAAAGACCAAACGUGUGAUGAAAGUCCCGAAAGGAACGUCUGACUACCAGGCGGCAUGGAUUGUUAAUGAAGACGACACAAAUGGUUCACUGGAUGAAGAAAGCAGUGAAGAAGAUGACGACGACGAUGAUAUGAUGGAUGACGCCUCUGAGGGAAGAGACCAUGACCUCCAGGAUGCCGGUUCAGACAUUGCCUCAGAAGAGGAGGAAGAGGAGGAGGAGGAGGAGGAGGAGGAGGAAGAAGUAGUAAUGUCCUCAACGGAGCACCCCGGAGCUGAUCAGCGUUAUGAUGAGCACAUGGAUGAGGCAGCGGAAGUCGAAGGUCUCCAGCACUACCGCGAUGCUCGGGCCAAUGAGCUGUUCCCGGACGAGGUGGACACGCCCAUCGACACAGCUGCGAGAAACAGAUUCCAGCGCUACAGGGGCCUCAAAAGCUUCCGAUCCUCCCCCUGGGACCCGCUGGAGAACCUACCUUACAACUAUUCGCGCAUCUUCCAGUUCCAGAACUUUGAACGCACCCGGCGCCGCGUACUGGCUGAAGCUGCUGAAGAGGAGGAGGGCGCCAUGGUGGGCUGGUACGUCACGCUGCAUGUGGUGGACGUGCCGCACUCCGUCAUGGAGAGCGUGCAGGCAGGAAAGCCGCUAGUUUUGGUCUCUCUUCUCCCCCAUGAGCAGAAGAUGUCCGUAAUGCACCUUUUGGUGAGGAGACAUCCCAGCAACACGGAGCCCAUUAAAUCAAAAGAAGAGCUGGUGUUCCACUGUGGCUUUCGGAGGUUUCGGGCCUCUCCCAUCUUCUCUCAGCACACCUCAGCCGACAAGCACAAGAUGGAGCGCUUCCUGCGGCCAGAUGCCCCCACGGUGGUGUCCGUGUACGCGCCCAUCACCUUCCCCCCCACGGGGGUCCUGCUCUUUAAGCAGAGGAACGAUGGCGUCCAGGACCUGGUGGCGACAGGCAGUCUUCUCAGUUGUGACCCUCGCCGUAUUACCCUUAAAAGGAUCGUGCUGAGCGGACACCCGUUCAAAAUUAACCGGCGCUCCGCUGUCGUCCGUUACAUGUUUUUUAACAGGGAUGACAUCAUGUGGUUCAAGCCUGUCGAGCUGCGGACUAAGUGGGGUCGGAGAGGUCACAUCAAGGAAGCUCUAGGAACUCACGGCCACAUGAAGUGUGUCUUUGACAGCCAGCUGCGCUCCCAAGACACCGUUCUGAUGAACUUGUACAAGAGAGUGUAUCCUCGCUGGUCUUAUGACCCCUACGUGCCCUUGUCUCUGCCCUGGUUUAAAAGAGAGACUGUGAUAGAUGAGCAGGACUUGGACAUGGAGUAAUAGUGCAGGUAAAACAUCGAUGGACAACAUCAUUUUGUAUUGACGACUAAACAUUGUUGCAGAGGUUAGAAAUGACACGUCUUGCCUGCAAUUGCAGUGUUGGCCACUAAAUGGCAGCAUUGUGUAGACGUCACAUGUGGAGUCCUCCGUUAUAUUGUUCAAGCCAGGGGUCACCAACCUUUUUUGAAAGCAAGAGCUACUUCUUGGGUACUGAUUAAUGCGAAGGGCUACCAGUUUGAUACACACUUAAAUAAAUUGCCAGAAAUAGCCAAUUUGCUCAAUUUACCUUUAGUAAAUAAAUCUAUAUAUAUAAAAAAUGGGUAUUUCUGUCUGUCAUUCCGUCGUACAUUUUUUUUUCCUUUCACGGAAGGUUUUAUGUAGGGAAUAAAUUAUGAAAAAAACACUUAACCUUCCUCUUGUGUUAGCUUUCUGCUACAAUCUCUUAUGUUAACGGGUUGGUUUUGACCCAUGUCUUAAAUCAGCUGUAAAAUACACUAAAAACAAUUAUCUAUCAUCCAAUUUGUUUCUCGUCCCUUGGUUACCUUGUUAGGCUUCCUUAUCCUUGAAAAUAUUGGUUUUAAUAUUUUUGGUUUGGGCCAUUGGGCCUUUUUUUUGUCAGUAUACCCCUCGAUUUCAAUUUUUAAAAAUGGUAAAACGAACCUCAAGAGAAUCAUAUAAAUAAAAAAAAGGUUGUUGUGUUACCUAACUAUUACUAAGGGGUAUUAGAACACAUCUCUUAAAUAAAUGUGUUUUAUUAAUUUUUUCAUUUUAAGAAUUUUAACUAUAGUAACAUCUAUGGUGUUACGGGUCAAUUUCGACCCAUAUAUCUUUACUUCAAGAAAAAGGCUGAAAAGUAUUUUUUUCAGCAACAGAAAUCCAACAUCAAACAAACAACCAAUCAAGCAAAUGAAACCAAGAGAAAUAGAUUACUAGUUCCAAAACUAAUAAAAAAACUAAAUCAGAGUGGCAAAAAGUGACACUUUUAGUGUCCGUCUUUUGUUUGUUUUUGUACAGGAUGACAAUGUAAAAUGAGAAUCCACUAAAGCUCUCAUGAUUGGGAGAGGAGCUGGCUGUCAGUGUGUUCAGUUUUGGCUCUUAUCAUUGCUUUAUCAUCUUAUUUUUAUAACUGGGUCAAAACCGACCCUAACAACACCAAGGGCAUGAUUUCUACCAGAGCAUUUUAUAAUUUAGUGAAAAAAAUUAAAAUGUUUUAUUUUGUUGACAAAGAGGUUCCUGACAAAGUCAAAAAGCUUUGAUGCAAAAAAAUAAAUGUAUGUGGUGUUUUUAUGCAUUUAAAAACUAAAACGGGUCGGUGCCGACACUAACACAAGACGAAGGUUAAUUGAACGGUUUAAAAGAGGAGAAAACACACAAAAAAUGAAAAUUAAAUUUUGAAGCAUAGUUUAUCUUCAAUUUCCACUUUUUAAAUUCAAAAUUCAACCGAAAAAAAUGAAGAGAAAAACUAGCUAAUUCGAAUCUUUUUGAAAAAAUUAAAAAAAUUAUUUAUGGAACAUCAUUAGUAAUUUUUCCCGAUUAAGAUUAAUUUUAGAAUUUUGAUAUGUUUUAAAUAGGUUAAAAUCCAAUCUGCACUUUGUUAGAAUAUAUAACAAAUUGGACCAAGCUAUAUUUCUAACAAACACAAAUCAUUAUGUCUUCUAUAUUUUACAGAACACAUAUUUUAAAAAGAACUUCAAUAGACUUUGAAAUAAGAUUUAUAUUUGAUUCUACAGAUUUUCUAGAUUUGCCAGAAUAUUUUUUUGCAUUUUAAUCAUAAUAAGUUUGAAGAAAUAUUUCACAAAAAUUUUUCGUCGAAAAAACAGAAGCUAAAAUGAAGAAUUAAAUCAAAAUGUAUUUAUUAUUCUUUACAAUAAAAGAAAAAAAUACUUGAAUAUUGAUUUAAAUUGUCAGGAAUGAAGAGGAAGAAAUUUAAAAGGUUAAAAGGUAUAUGUGUUUAAAAAUCCUAAAAUCAUUUUUAAGGUUGUAUUUUUUCUCUAAAAUUGUCUUUCUGAAAGCUAUAAGAAGCUAAGUAAAAAAAUAAAUGAAUUUAUUCAAACAAGUUAAGACCAAGUCUUUAAAACAUUUUCUUGGAUUUUCAAGUUCUAUUUGAGUUUUGUCACUCUUAGAAUUAAAAAUGCCGAGCAAAGCAAGACCAGCUUGCUAGUAAAUAAAUAAAAUUUAAAAAAUAGAGGCAGCUCACUGGUAAGUGCUGCUAUUUGAGCUAUUUUUAGAACAGGCCAGCGGACGACUCAUCUGGUCCUUACGGGCACCGCGUUGGUGACCCCUGGUUUAAGCCCUAUUUAAAAAAAACAAAAACAUAAUGAUGCAAAUAUAAAUAUUUUAUGAAAACAUGUAAACCCUGCGUUGCCGUCACAUUUUCUAAAGGUGGAAUGGCAAUCAUGAGAAUAUUGACGGACAUAAGUUUUUAUUCAAUAGCUUAACAAAUUGUCCAAACGUAUGACUGCCUGUUAAAAUAUUUCCCAUUUCAAAACCUAAUCCCCACCAACCUAGGACAGGAAUAAUGUAUGUAAACAUUUUGGGCAGCAAUGCCACACUGCAAAAAGUUAGUGUUCAAAAACAAAAAUGAGGGGUAUUUUAUUGAAACGAAGCAAACAUUUCUGCCCAAACAAUAAGAACAUUUGGCUUGUCAAAAUGCCCCAAAACAAGCAAAAUUAAUUAACCUCAAUGAACUCUAAAAUAUGUUAAAAUAAUUAUAUUCUCACUAAUAACAAGUGUACUACUAUAUGAGUACCUAUUUUCUAGGGGUGUGGGAAAAAUUGAUUCGAAUUUGAAUCGAUUCUCAUUUUUAAAAAAAUCUUUCUUUUUUAUUUUUAUUGUUAUAUCAAUCCAUCAAAACAAUACACAGCAAUACCAUAACAAUGCAAUCCAAUUCCAAAAGCAAACCUGACCCAGCAACACUCAGAACUGCAAUAAACAGAGCAAUUGAGAGGAGACACAAACACCACACAGAACAAACCAAAAGUAGUGAAACAAAAAUGAAUAUUAUCAACAACAGUAUCAAUAUUAGUUAUAAUUUCAAGCAUAGCAGUGAUUAAAAAUCCCCUCAUUGACAUUAUCAUUAGACAUUUAUAAAAUAAAAGAACAAAAGUGUCACAGUGGGUUACACUUGCAUGGCAUCUCAUAAGCUUGACAACACACUGUGUCCAAUAUUUUCACAAAGAUAAAAUAAGUCAUAUUUUUGGUUCGUUUAAUAGUUAAAACAAAUUUACAUUAUUGCAAUCAGUUGAUAAAACAUUGUCCUUUACAAUUAUAAAUGUUUUUUGUUUUUUUUAAAAUAUAUUACUCUGCUAGCAUGUCAUCAGACUGGGGUAGAUCUUGCUGAAAUCCUAAUACAGAAUCCUUUUAAAUCGGGAAAAAAAUCGUUUUUGUAUCGAGAAUCGUGUUGAAUUGAAAAAAAAAAUUGAUUUUGAACCGAAUUGUGACCCCAAGAAUUGAUAUUGACUCGAAUCGUGGGACACCCAAAGAUUCGCAGCCCUACUAUUUUCUAUUGUUUCAUUGAAAAUAAAACAGCAAAGUCCA